AUGACAAAUUCAAGUCAAGUAAAUGUUGGAACAGUAAGUGCUGCAACAACAUUGGUUGCACACAAUCGUUCAAAUGUUGCCCUUGCCCCGGCUAAGAAACCUGCAAAGUUUUCUGGAGUCGACUUCAAGAGAUGGCAGCAGAAGAUGUUCUUCUAUCUGACUACGUUGAGUCUGCAGAGUGGCCUGCAAGAAGAUCUAUACAAUGUAUACAAUAAUGUCAAGACCUCAAAAGAACUCUGGGAUGCUUUAGAAAAGAAGUACAAAACAGAGGAUGUUGGAAUGAAGAAGUUCAUUGUGGCAAAGUUUUUGGACUAUAAGAUGAUAGACAGUAAGACUGUCGUCACCCAAGUUCAAGAAGUGCAGGUCAUAAUCCAUGAUCUCCUUGCUGAAGGAUUGAUUGUCAAUGAUGUUUUUCAAAUGGCGGCCAUUAUUGAGAAGUUACCUCCGUUGUGGAAGGACUUCAAAAACUACUUAAAACAUAAAUGCAAGGAGAUGACUGUUGAAGAUCUCAUGGUAAGGCAGAGAAUCGAAAAGGAUAACAAGGCUGCAGAAAAAAGGUCGCGUGGGCUACUGAAUGUCGGGGUCCCAAAAAGGACAAGAAGAAGGAUCAAGCAAAUGCUUUCAGAAUGCAACUUGGUUGGAAAUCCAAGAGAAUGGUGGAUAGAUUAUGGUACCUCAUGUCAUGUUUGUGCCAACAAAGAAUUAUUUGCAUCAUAUACUCCAACACCAGCAGACGAGAAGUUAUUUAUGGCGAACUCCGCUACUGCAAAGGUUGAAGUAACUGGCAAGGUCCACUUGAAAAUGUUAUCGGGCAAGGUGGUGACUUUGAACAGGGUCUUCUUUAGCCGUAAUAUUGUAGAGGCAAACCUAGGAUUUGAAGACGACAGGUGCUUCAUCAACGGCUAA